AUGGAAGAUCUCAGCGUUGAAGUAGGACAUCCAAAUGGUGCCUACUACAAAGCGUACGUUCACGACGUGGAUGAAAAUGGUGUCAAUAUCACAUAUGAUCAAGACUACUUCCCUCCAACCAAAAUUUCAUUUUCCGAGAAUCGCCUUCGACUACCUCCUGACUCAAAUGAUCUCAAAAAACUAUCACCUGGUGAUCCCUGCGAAGUACUAUCGAAAGCGAAAGAAGGUGAACCACUUGCUUGGUGGCGAGCCACAGCCAAAAUGUUCAAAGGCGAAUUUUAUGUUGUCGAAUAUGAAGUUAGUACUCAAGGCAAUAACUACUCGGAAAUUGUGCCUAGUGAUAAAAUCCGUUGUCCAAAUACGAAUCCCCCGCUAACCUUUUCGUCGUUCAAACGAAUAGAAAUAUUUGUUGGUAGAGACUUGCAAGAAGUAUGUAGCAAUCCAGCUAAUCAUAAAGACUUUAAACGAACAACAGGCGCUACUAUUGUUCGAUAUGAUGCCCAAAAAGAGUCUCUAGUGAUCAUCUCAGAUAAUGAGGCUACUAUUCGCCGUGUCCAAAUCUUAUCCGAUAUGCAUGUUCGAACUUUACGUGCAAAAUCUAAACUUGUACUAGAAACUGAAAAAGUUCACAAACAACUUGAACGUAUGAAGGUUAAUCAAACAUCAAAGUAUUUGGAAAAAUUCACAGUUAAAACUGAAUUAAUGGGUCUUGCUAUUGGUGCGCAUGGUUCAAAUAUACUAAAAGCUCGAGAAGUACCCGGUAUAACAGCCAUUGAAGUUGAAGAUGACACUUGUACAAUAAAAGUAUUUGGUGAUACUGAAAAAGCUGUUAAAGAAGCACGUAUUAUACUUGAAUAUGUUGAAGAUGUUGUAUCAAUACCGCGAGAACUCAUUGGUAAAGUAAUUGGCAAAAAAGGUCAUAUUAUACAAGAAAUAGUUGAUAAAAGUGGUGUCGUACGAGUUAAAAUUGAAGGCGACAAUGAACAAGCAACACCACGAGAUGAAAGCAGUUAUCCGAGUCAAGUUCCGUUUGUCUUUGUUGGCACUGUUGAUAGUAUAACUAAUGCAAAAGUUUUACUUGAUUAUCAUAUCUCUUGUUUGAAAGAAUUCGAUGAGUUACAAGAAAAAAAAAUUCAAGUUAACGAACAAUUUCGUACUAUUCUUGGACCACAACAAGGGGCUGGAGUAAAUUCAGCUAACAAUAAUGUAGGCUAUCAAGGUGGACGUCAACAACGUUAUGAAUCGGAUCGAAUGAGUAAUUCUGGCAACACACGUAAUUAUCAUGAUUCAAAUUAUCAACAACCAUAUCCUCAACAACGUAACGAUAAUAAUCAACAAUCGCGUCGGCCGAAUAAUUAUUCUACUGGCAAUGGUAAUCGUGGACGUCAAAGUACUGGUUCAAAUUCGUAUCGUGGUGGUACGCAAAGUGAUGCUGGUACUGGUGAUGAAGCGAGCGAGUGUGGUGAUGCAUCAUCAUCAACAAUUAGUACCAGUCGAAAACGUCGGGACUGGGCAGCUGAGGUCGAAAGUGAACAACAGCACGAGACUGGUUAUAGUACUGAUAGCAUGAUACAGUCGAACAGCUUACCGAGAGGUGCUGGUGGACGAGGAGGGCGACGUGGUUGGAAACGUAGUAGGCCACCAUUACCUACUCAUACAGGUUAUGGUGAUCGACGCCGUAAUAACGAUAAUGAUAGUACUGUGUAUGAAACUGAACAAACAAAUGAAGGUCAACAACAAUAUAACGACCAGUAUUCAUCCCAACGUAACAAUUAUAAUAAUCGACAUGGUCCCAGUCGUGGCGCUCGUGGCAAUCGAGGUGGGAAAAAUCGAUAUAAUAGCAAUCAAGACGAAUAUUAUGAAGAUGAUUAUGCCACUAGUGGACAAUCUCAACAGCAAGUAUCGACGACAAAAAAGCCUCAACAAUCAUCAACAAAUAAUAAUGGGCACCAUACAGGUGAUGCGACCGCAUCUGAAAUAGCCAAUGGUAGUAGUCAUAAUGAUGAACCAAAAGCACAGCGAAUACCAAAACCACAACAACAGCAGCAACCAUCGAACGGUGUUAAAUAA